CUCCCCCCGCCCUGGCGGCCAUGGACAUUCCCAGCAUCCCCUAUGAGAGGCGUCUUCUCAUCAUGGCGGACCCGAGAGAUAAGGCUCUUCAGGACUACCGUAAGAAGCUGCUUGAGCACAAGGAGAUCGAUGGGCGCCUCAAAGAGUUAAGAGAACAGUUGAAAGAGCUUACCAAGCAAUAUGAAAAGUCUGAAAAUGAUCUGAAGGCCUUACAAAGUGUUGGGCAGAUUGUGGGUGAAGUGCUUAAACAACUAACAGAAGAAAAAUUCAUUGUUAAAGCAACAAAUGGACCAAGAUAUGUUGUGGGUUGUCGGCGUCAGCUUGACAAGAGUAAGCUGAAGCCAGGGACAAGAGUUGCUCUGGAUAUGACUACACUAACUAUCAUGAGAUACUUGCCAAGAGAAGUUGAUCCACUGGUUUACAACAUGUCUCAUGAAGACCCUGGGAACGUUUCUUAUUCUGAGAUUGGAGGGCUAUCUGAACAAAUCAGAGAAUUAAGAGAGGUAAUAGAAUUGCCCCUUACAAACCCUGAGUUAUUCCAGCGUGUAGGAAUAAUACCUCCAAAAGGUUGUUUGCUGUAUGGACCACCAGGAACAGGAAAAACACUCUUGGCAAGAGCUGUUGCUAGCCAGCUGGACUGCAAUUUUUUAAAGGUUGUAUCCAGUUCUAUUGUAGACAAGUACAUUGGGGAAAGUGCUCGUUUGAUCAGAGAAAUGUUCAAUUAUGCCAGGGAUCACCAACCAUGCAUCAUUUUCAUGGAUGAAAUAGAUGCUAUUGGUGGCCGUCGUUUUUCUGAGGGUACUUCAGCUGAUAGAGAAAUUCAGAGAACUCUAAUGGAGUUACUGAAUCAGAUGGAUGGAUUUGAUACUUUACACAGAGUAAAAAUGAUCAUGGCUACAAACAGACCAGACACAUUGGAUCCUGCUUUGUUGCGUCCAGGAAGAUUAGAUAGAAAAAUACAUAUUGAUUUACCAAAUGAACAAGCAAGAUUAGACAUAUUGAAGAUUCAUGCAGGUCCUAUCACAAAACAUGGUGAAAUAGAUUACGAAGCAAUUGUGAAGCUCUCAGAUGGCUUUAAUGGAGCAGAUCUGAGAAAUGUUUGCACUGAAGCGGGUAUGUUUGCAAUUCGUGCUGAUCAUGAUUUUGUAGUACAGGAAGAUUUCAUGAAAGCAGUCAGAAAAGUGGCUGAUUCUAAGAAGUUGGAAUCUAAACUAGACUAUAAACCUGUCUAAGUUAUACUUCUUAAAAGAUAUUAGCAUAAUAAAAAAAUAAAGUUGAGGAAAAUAAUGUAUUAUUGGAUAUGAUCUCAUUGAAAGCAUAUUUCAUAUAAAGUAAUGAUUCUUUAAUUCUAUGUACAGUACUGGCACAAAAGACCAUAUAUUUGUCAAUGUUGCAUAUAUUGCAGCAAAUUAAAUGAGAUGAGUUGGAUAAGAAUUUUUGAAAUAGUUUGUGGGCAAUUUGUAAAAUAAUGAGAUGACUUGAGGAAUCAGUUUUAAAAGAGCAUUUCUUAAAUGACAUUUUAUAUUAUUUUACUUGUUUUCUUCAUCCCAAAGAGUUGAAUAAAAUUUGUUUGAUUCAGUCUUCUUAACAUAGUAGCCUUGGCUGAGAGUACAUUCAUCAUAGUUUUUUGCAAUCUUUGGUAAGUUUUAUAUGACAGCCCAAAUCAGUGUCUCUUGAAUUUGAGGGAUUUAAAAGUUGGUUUUAAAGCAAAAUGUACUGUCAGCAAUCAUGGAUUCUCAUUUACAUUAUAAUGCAUUACCGUGCCUCUCAAAUCAACUUGUGUAUGUAGUAUAUCCUUCCAUGAAAAAAAAAAUGUUUUUAAAUUAACCUUGCCUGAAUUGGGGGAAAAUUUUUUUUGUCCCCAUCAGGAUUAAAAGUGUUGGGCUUUUGUUUUUGUUUUUAGUAAUUAUUAAACUAUGGAAGAAUUUAGUACUUUGAUUGUACCUAAAUACAACCUGCUAAUGGAGCACACCUUAAUAUGUUUAGGGAAUAUUCCUAACUGUUGACCCAAAAAGAUUGUGCACAAAUCUUCCCAUAAUAAGACAGUAAAGGCUAUAAAGAAGUAUGUCACUUGAUACUGAUUGAAAAUGCUGAGGAUGAAAAAAAAAUGAUAAUUUUAGUUUGAUAAUUUAACAUCAUUUGCUCAAAACUGCAGUUUUACUAAAACUAAAUCAUCCUUCAAACAGUGGAGUAUUUUGUGCCCUUUAAAAAAAAAAACUCUUCCAUGUUGGACUGUAUGACUUCUAAUAUCCCUUACAGCUCUUAAUCUAUGAUCCUAUGAUCACAGUUUCCACAUACAAAGAGUGGUAGAAAGAGGACUGGAUGGAAAAUAAACUGGGAUUGCUUACAGUGCAAGACACUUAAUAGUAUCUAACAGAUACAUUUCAUAAAGCAAAUAAGUUUGUAAUCCCAAUUCUGUGUUAACGGUAAUUCAUUUAUUUUGAUUUUUCCUUAAAAAGGUACUGAGACCUUAAUUCUUCAUGCCAUAUGUACAAAAACUGGGGCAGCAAUAGUCACCUGGCUUCUUUCUCAGGCUUCUGACCUCAGAUCAUGAGUAACAUGGAGGCAAUAAAACUGAGCCCAAAUAAAUCAA